AUGGAAUGUUCACAAGUAUGUGCCCAUCCUUUGAGAUAUUCGGUGCUUCUCAAGCUGCACGAAGCCGCACUUCAUCUCAACUCCAGUAUGGACUCUUCCGACGAAGAAUUCAACCCACUGCGAGGGGGGUCUCCUAUCAAUCAUGAUGACAACUUUGAUGACGAACCCGCUGAAUCAUCCCAUGUCAAGAUUCGGGCUGCUGCUAGCAAUGUUAAAAGUGGCGAAAUCAGCACGCUUCGUGGAGCGAACGGUUACUCAUGGGAAGAUGAAUAUCAGCGAACUUGGGACAUCGGGACAGAUGGCAGUGACCAGCAGUCACUUGAACAUAUCAUUCGUACAAUGAUGGAGUCACGCAAAAAGAAGAUCCUAAAAGAUCUGACACCGUUUCAAAGAGGAAUUAUUCGUACGAUGAUUCUAAUCAUUGAUGGUUCUCUGGCAAUGCUAGAGAAAGACUUGAGGCCUACAAGAAUGACCUUAACGCUUCAAUAUUUGACAGAAUUCAUUACUGAGUUUUUUGAUCAGAACCCCAUAUCCCAAUUGGGUAUUAUAAUGAUGCGAAAUGGGGUUGCCAAUUUGAUCUCUGAGGUUAGUGGUAGUCCUCAAUACCACUUAGAAAGGCUCAGGCAAUUGAAGUUGCGUCAACACAAUCGUUACGAGCCAAAGGGUGAUCCUUCAUUGCAAAAUGCUCUUGAAAUGGCUCGUUCAAUGCUUAAGUAUCGUGGUCAAGAACUGAAACACCUGAAAGAAGUAUUGCUAAUAUUUGGAGCUUUGUUUACUCUGGACCCGGGUAAUAUUCAUAAAACUAUAGACUCGUUGGUCAAAGAUGACAUCAAGUGCAAAGUUAUCGGCUUGCUGGCUCAGGUGGCCAUUUGUCAAGAGCUUAUUACCAAAACAAAUGGAGGCUCUAUGACUACUGCUAUCGACAAGAACUAUGGUGUGAUCAUGAACGAAGCCCACUACAAAGACUUAUUGAUGGAUUGUGUCAACCCAUUACCGAUAUCUACGGAAGAAAAACAAAAGCAGUCGAUGGAACCAAAAAGAGACACUCUGGGCGUUCCCCUUCUUCGAAUGGGCUUCCCACUGAAAUCGCAACCGAAUUUAGGGCACUCCCUUAACAAUGCUCAAUUCACAAUCGACUACCCUGUGUUACUGGCGUCGCAUCCAACAAAUGGAUCUGAUGCAUCCAAUCAAGUUGUACUGGUGACCAACACAAUAACAACGGAGUCCGCGUCAAUUGCAGACGCUGGUCAAUCAGCUGUUAUUGGGUAUAAUUGCCCUCAAUGCAAGAAUCGAGUCACCAAUUUGCCAACAAUUUGUCCGGUAUGUGGAAUUAUGUUGAUUUUGUCAACACAUUUGGCUAGACUGUAUCAUCACCUUUUACCUUUGGCACCGUACGAUGAGGUACCGGUGGCAUCCUCAUAUUCCUCUAGUACAUGUGAAGGUUGCAUGCUUAUAUUCCCCACGCCACAAGAGGUCUCACUGACAGAUUUGAAAAGUCUGCUGCGUUACCAAUGCAAGAAGUGCAAUCACGUCUAUUGCAUUGAUUGUGACGUUUUCAUUCAUGAAACCUUACACAACUGCCCAGGUUGUGAAAACCUUAUACUGAGUUAA